AUGAAGAAUAUUUUCAGGCGACAUCAGGAAAAAGAAGCACCUGAACCACACCCGAUACAAGAUGAGGACGAUAACUGGGACGAUGUCCAGCCACAGCGGCCUUUCCAGUCCGACGUCACCGAUCAGAGCUCAGAAUCUCGCACCUUGUACGUUCAGUACCAGGAUUAUUGGAACCAACAUACGACGAUCCGUCUCCUUGACACGGACCAGACCACCGUCUUGUACACGGUAGAAGCGAGAUAUCGGAAACCGCAAAUGACGAUCCGAUCCAACGUCAGUGAUGCUGAAGUGGCUACAGUUGACUUCCACGCAUUGACGACUCGGAUUGAUGUGAAAUUGCAUGGGCAGCCUCUCACCCUCGAGUCUUCACGGUUCAACACGCAGUACUCGUACGCUUCCCCAGCACUUUGUGGGGAGAAAAUGUCGUGGAAACCUCGGAAAAAGAUCGAUGACUUGAACAUGGUGCUCUUGGAUGGCCAGGGGCUAGCCAUUGCCAGAUACAAGCCAAACUACAAGGGCUCGAAGCGGGGUGGCAGCAUGGAAAUGCUCGCCCCGUGCUGGAGCAGCGAAGCGGUGAUGGAGGAAGUCAUUGUCAUGUUUCUGGCGGUGUCCCAUUACAAAGAAAGCCAAAGAAUGACUUCUGCCAUAACAACAAGCGUUGUAUAG